AUGCAACUGACCGACGAUGUGAAACCAAUUUCUCUUAGCUCUAAUAAAAGGAAUCACAAUUAUAUAUGUUGUAUAUCUAUGCUCCUCAUUGGUUGUAUAUUACUUGGGGUUGCCACUGUCUUGAUACCUUCACUCGUUUCAUUGUAUCUCUCGAGUCCUGAUAUUCAAGUAGCCAGAUCCAAUGCUAAUGCAACUGAUCUGUGGUCAAUACGAUAUUUGACAAAUCUGACCAGCAUUCCUCAGAUCACUAAGCGUGCUGUCUAUUCGCCAUUUGACAAAUCAAUGUUGGGCAGAGCUUUCAGUCAAGUUAUGCAACCACCCUCAACCACAAUAAUCAUUAGCACAGCUGUGUUUAUUACAAUAAGUGGUUAUUCAGCAGAUCGUAUUCGUCGACAAGAGACUACAUCUGCCACUGGUGCGUCGUCGCCAGUAUACGUCGAUAUAGCGUUACAAGCUCUUUAUCCGCGUGAAUGUUCGUAUGUUGUGCAAUGUCAAAAGUCAUUCAGAGAACGGAUGCUGUCUAAAUUUAUGAACGUUCGAUCAUUUUCUUUUCUUGCACCAUUAUCAAAUGGAAACAGUAUUGCUCUUCAUAUGCAACUGGUCAAUUUCACUCAACAUUACGAGUUGCCAUCUACUGAUGAAUCGACAACGACUACUGCACCAGACUUGUCACAGAAUACUACAAAUUCUGUCACAAGUUCAACAACGACGACGACUUCCAGCGUCAGUUCAACCACAAGCACCAGUUCAUCAUCAUCAACAACAACAACGACCACAACAACGACGACAACAACUGAUACUACCACCACCACUACUACGACAACAACAACAACUACUCCUGCCUAUUGCGCUGCGACUUGUACCGGUGCCUUCAGUUCUUCUCCCAAUACUACCACUUGCUCACUUCAGUGCGUCGAUACUGGCUCAAAUAUGUGUCAAGCUAGCUCUACUUUUUGUGCUAAUCGGAACUUUGUUUCCGCCCCUGGUCGGUGUGAUCCUGCAAGUGGUAAUUACAAUGGUGCUUGUAAUACUGCCACACAUUGUUGUGUACAUGACACUUUUAGCUCUGGAGAUUAUUAUUGCUUUAGUAUCAGUGCUUGUGCUUUUACUGGUUAA